AUGGCGAGAGAUGUCGUUGCCUUUGGUGGCGGAAAUGAAGAUAAAAUUAUGAGCAGCAUCAUGAAUGGCUCUUUUUCUGGAACCUUAAUGCUAUUAGCGAUGAUUGUCGUGUCCAUCUCAGUUAUCUCGAUGGUCAUAUUUUCUUGUGGCGAUAACUCCCCCAGCACUCGAAAAAAAGGGUACGAACGCCGCGGCGGAGGUGAUGACUGCGGCUGUGGUGGCUGUGGCGGAGGUGAUGACUGCGGAUGUGGCGGCUGUGGCGGAGGUGAUGGGGACGGCGGCGACGGCGGCGGAUGUGGCGGAGGAUGUGGCGGAGGCGGAUGUGGAGGUGGGGGUUAA